UAUCAGUGGUAUAAAACAGCUCCCAUCUCUUGUGUUGAAGAGUCGUUGUUGUCUGACUGUGACUUUUCUGAUGUUCUAAUCUAAUUGUUGCUCCUGAACUCCAGAAAAAUACUGAAAACAGAAUCUGACAGAAAGAGACAACAGUAUUCUCAGGUUGUUUUCAGCAUCUGAUCUUCACUAGAUCUACUAGAUCAUCUGAGAGAUUCGACUGAAUCAAGAUGCUGCUGAUCAUUGAAGCUCUUCUUCUCAUUUUAGCUGCUCUAGGACAGGAUCACAGAGCAGCUGCUGCCACAGGAGAGAUUUAUACAUUGGAUAUGGCACCAAAUUCUGUUGAUGAUCAAUAUGAUGGAUGCACAGAGAAAAUGGCAAACUUGGUGAAAACAAAAUAUCUGCAGCAGGAAAUGAAUAAAUGUACUGAUUUUAAAAACACUUGGCUUGAUGGUAAAAAUAAAGCCAAGAAUCCAGAGGAUAAUUUGAAACAGAUUCAUUCAGUUGCCAUUUAUGUGUACACUAACAAUAAUUCUGUUGUAUAUCGAAAGUUCAACAACGCUGUCCGUAGUGAAAAACAAAAGUACAAAGACGGUACAUUCUCAUGGUAUUCACUUCACUUUUUGUUAACAGAUGCAACACAGAUUCUGAAGAAAACACAAACUAAAUGCUAUUUAACGUAUCGUGGUACUACAGUUGAAUUUGCUAAGGAUGUUGUGAACAAAGAAAUUCGUUUCGGCUCAUUUACAUCCUCCUCUUUUGAUAAAGCAGUAGCAAGUGGUUUCGGACCUAAAUCUUGUUUUGAAAUUGAAACUUGUAAAGGUGUUUCUGUGAUAAAAUACUCCAAGUAUCCUGACCAGAAAGAGGUGUUGAUUCCUCCGUAUGAGAAGUUUAAAGUCACUGCUGUCAUGACAAAAGAGGAGAAAGGAGCCUGGUGUGACACUGUGUUCAUUCUGAAAAGCACUGGAACAGUAAGUUACCUGAACUGUGUUGUUGAUGUAAAACUAGUUAAAGACAGGGCCAAACUUUAAAUCUUUGUUGACCGUAUUUCUUCAAGGGUGAAAGUUGUUUCUAUUAUAAUAUAUGAUUGCUUGAUUAAUUCUGAAUUUUUUUUUUUUUAAUAAUAAUCUCAAGCUUUUAAGUAAAUCAACAAUGAUGCUUUGCACUGUAAUAAAAGUUAGCAAUCAUCUGCUUUGUCUUCUUUUGACCAAUUUUAACAUGUUACUCUGUAAGCUGUUUAUGGGAAAACUAAGUAGACUGUAAACUGUAUUCUAUUUACAUGAAAAUGUUAUAUUAAACCAUAAACGCUAUAUUGUUUAUGUAAUUCUUGUUAUUAAAGCUUAAAAAUUUAUCAUAUUUUCACAA